GCUUAGCGUGUGUGCGGCGAGCUAGUCCGGGGCGUGCGUCGCCCCGGCCCCGCCCCUCCUUCCUGGAGCCGCCGCUGAGGCAGAGGCGGCGGGGCAGCCGGGAGGGGGGCGGCUGGUGGCCGGUGCUGCACGCUCUCGUCCCGACCCUAUGCAGUGACUCGUGCGGCGCAGGCGCCUCUUGCCCCGCCGGCGGGGCCCGGGCUCCCGCGGAGGGAUGUUCUCCCGAAGGAGCCACGGGGAUGUGAAAAAGUCCACGCAGAAGGUGCUGGACCCCAAGAAGGACGUGCUGACCCGCCUGAAGCACCUGCGGGCGCUGCUGGAUAAUGUGGAUGCAAACGAUCUGAAGCAGUUUUUUGAGACGAACUACUCUCAGAUAUAUUUCAUCUUCUAUGAAAAUUUUAUAACACUGGAAAAUAGUUUGAAGUUAAAAGGGAAUAAUAAGUCACAAAGGGAGGAGCUGGACUCCAUCCUCUUUCUUUUUGAAAAAAUACUGCAGUUUCUACCUGAACGAAUUUUCUUUCGAUGGCAUUACCAGAGUAUAGGCUCAACUCUAAAGAAGCUUCUACACACUGGAAAUUCUAUUAAGAUAAGAUGUGAAGGAAUCAGACUGUUUCUUUUGUGGCUUCAAGCACUUCAGACAAACUGUGCGGAAGAGCAGGUGCUGAUUUUCGCUUGCCUGGUGCCUGGUUUCCCAGCUGUCUUGUCAUCCAGGGGUCCCUGCACACUGGAGACACUCAUCAACCCCAGCCCUAGUAUAGUUGAUGCAAAAAUAUACCCAGAAGAAAUCACCCCACUUCUGCCAGCCAUAUCAGGGGAGAAGAUUGCUGAGGACCAAACCUGCUUUUUUCUUCAAAUACUGUUGAAAUAUAUGGUUAUUCAGGCUGCAAGCUUGGAGUGGAAGAAUAAGGAGAAUCAAGAUACUGGUUUUAAAUUUCUUUUUACAUUGUUUCGAAAGUAUUAUCUUCCUCAUUUGUUUCCAUCAUUUACUAAGUUAACCAACAUCUACAAACCUGUACUUGAAAUCCCCCACUUGAGACCAAAGCCAGUAUAUGUUUCUGUGACUCGAGAUAAUGAAACAGUUUACAGUACAAAAAUUCCAUACAUGGCAGCUCGUGUUGUUUUCAUUAAAUGGAUUGUAACUUUUUUUCUGGAAAAGAAGUAUCUAACUGCAACACAAAACACUAAAAAUGGGGUUGAUGUAUUGCCUAAAAUCAUCCAGACUGUUGGUGGUGGUGCAAUACAAGAAAAAGUGCCAGAGCCGGAUGGUGCUGGGUCCACAGAGCAGGACAAAAGCCAUUCUAACAGUAGCACCUUGUCUGACCGGAGACUCAGCAACUCCAGUCUUUGUAGCAUUGAAGAGGAGCAUCGGACAGUGUAUGAAAUGGUGCAACGGAUCCUCCUGUCAACACGGGGUUAUGUGAAUUUUGUGAAUGAAGUGUUUCGGCAGGCAUUUUUGUUGCCGUCCUGUGAGAUAUCUGUAACAAGAAAAGUAGUUCAAGUAUACAGGAAGUGGAUCCUCCAGAAUAAACCUGUGUUCAUGGAGGAGCCAGAUAAAAAGGAUGUUGCCCAAGAAGAUGCUGACAAAUUUGGACUUACAGAGACUGACUCCAAGGAGGUCUCGUCUGAAAGUUCUGGUCAUAAACGGUCAUCCAGUUGGGGACGCACGUAUUCUUUCACAAGUGCCAUGAGCAGAGGGUGUGUGACAGAGGAAGACAACACAAAUGUGAAAGCUGGGGCCCAAGCUAUGCUGCAGGUCUUUCUUACAAACGCCGCAAAUGUCUUUUUGCUGGAACCAUGUGCCGAAGUUCCCAUGCUCCUGAGAGAACAAGUAGAUGCCUGUAAAGCUGUUCUGAUUAUUUUUCGACGCAUGAUAAUGGAACUUAGAAUGAAUCAAAAAACAUGGGAGCAGAUGUUGCAAAUCCUUCUCAGGAUAACAGACGCUGUCAUGCAGAAGCCAAAGGAUAAGCAUGGAAAGGACUUGUUUGCCCAGAGCUUGGCAGGGUUGCUUUUCAGGACACUUAUUGUGGCUUGGAUCCGAGCAAACCUUUGCGUGUACAUUUCCCGGGAGCUCUGGGAUGACUUUCUUGGUGUGCUGUCGUCCCUUACGGAAUGGGAAGAGCUCAUCACCGAGUGGUCCAACAUCAUGGACUCUUUGACAGCUGUGCUUGCAAGAACCGUGUAUGGAGUUGAGAUGACAAACCUACCUCUAGACAAACUAAGUGAGCAAAAGGAGAAGAAGCAACGUGGCAAAGGUUGUGUUCUAGAGUCCCAAAAAGGGACUGCUGUGGGACGAUCCUUUUCUCUCAGCUGGCGUAGCCAUCCAGAUGUGACCGAGCCGAUGAGAUUCAGAAGCGCUACCACAUCUGGAGCACCGGGAGUUGAGAAGGCAAGAAAUAUUGUCCGCCAAAAAGCAACGGCUAAGCGAAGCCAGUCUAUCAGCAACUGUGUCCACCUCUCUGAGCCUUUGCCUGCCACUAAAAGCGUCCCGCUCCUCCUCCAUACCGUGAGCGCUCUCUUACCUGGUUUCUCUUACUCUUCUUGCUCUCACAGGCUGUCAGAAGUGGAGGAGUUCCAACAGGCUGAGAACACACCAGCAGCGGACUCUGAUUAUCUUGUGGUGGGACAGCAGCAGGUCCCCCGGAGCAGCAGCACCUCCGACAUUACUGAGCCUUUGUGCUCAGAUUCUUCUCAAGGUCAAAGGGUAGAAAAUUCACAGAACUUGACCUCUUCAGAACCCAAGCCUGUUCAAGAGAGUAAAGGACAUGUGAAGCAUGAGCAUGAAGGAAUAACAAUCUUGGUUCGAAGGAGCAGCAGUCCUGCUGAGCUGGAUCUGAAGGAUGAUUUACAACAGACACACGGAAGAUGCAGGGAGAGACAGAAGAGUGAAAGUACUGGUAGUGACACAGCUGUGGGCUACAGCAAUGAGCCAGAACUACCCAUGAGUGCAUGGCAGAGCUGUGAAGAGGACCCGGAGCUAAGUACUCCCACGGAUGCUGUGGCUGACUCUGAUGCCCGCCAUUGGUUACAGCUGAGCCCUGCUGAUGCUUCAAACUUAGCAGAGAGCAGAGAGUGCCUUGCAGACGACUGUAGCAUCAUUGCUGGAGGGAGCCUUACUGGCUGGCACCCAGACUCCGCUGCCGUGCUGUGGCGAAGAGUCUUGGGAAUCCUCGGGGAUGUGAAUAAUAUCCAGUCACCGAAGAUCCAUGCCAAGGUUUUUUGCUAUCUCUAUGAACUGUGGUACAAACUGGCCAAGAUACGAGAUAACCUAGCAGUAAGCUUGGAUAACCAGUCGUCUCCCUCGCCUCCACUCCUGAUUCCACCACUCAGAAUGUUUGCAUCAUGGCUAUUUAAGGCUACUACUCUGCCAAAUGAAUACAAGGAAGGCAAGCUGCAAGCCUACAAACUGAUCUGCGCCAUGAUGACCAGACGCCAGGAUGUUCUGCCAAACUCGGAUUUCCUGGUGCAUUUUUACCUUGUGAUGCACCUGGGAUUAACCAGCGAGGACCAGGAUGUCUUAAACACCAUUAUAAGAAACUGCUCACCCCGCUUUUUCUCCCUGGGUUUGCCUGGCUUCUCAAUGCUGGUGGGGGACUUCAUCACUGCUGCUGCCAGGGUCCUCAGUACAGACAUGUUGGCGGCACCCCGGUUGGAAGCUCUCACUCUCCUCGGUUCCCUCGUCUGCUUCCCAAAUACCUACCAGGAGAUCCCCCUGCUGCAGUCAGUGCCGGAAGUGAGUGAGGUCAUCACAGGAACCGAAGACGUCAAGCAUUACCUCAUAAAUAUUUUACUGAAGAAUGCUACCGAGGAACCAAAUGAAUGUGCAAGAUGCAUUGCCAUCUGCUCCCUCGGGGUCUGGAUCUGUGAAGAGCUGGCACAGUGUGCCGGCCACCCUCAGGUGAAAGAUGCCGUCAACGUGAUAGGUGUAACAUUGAAGUUUCCUAACAAGAUCGUGGCUCAGGUAGCCUGUGAUGUUCUUCAGAUGUUGGUUUCCUACUGGGAAAAACUUCAGAGGUUUGAAACUGCUCUUCCUCGAAAAAUGGCAGAAAUCCUUGUGGCCACAAUUGCAUUCCUUUUACCAAGUGCAGAGUACUCCUCAGUGGAAACAGAUAAAAAGUUUAUUGUGUCCUUGCUCCUCUGCCUCUUGGACUGGUGCAUGGCGCUGCCUGUGAGUGCCCUUCUCCACCCUGUGUCCACCGCAGUCCUGGAGGAGCUGCAUCCAUCCCGGGCUCCCUUGUUGGAUUAUAUCUACAGGGUUCUUCACUGCUGUGUCUGUGGCUCAAGCACAUACACACAGCAGAGUCACUACACUCUGACCUUAGCGGACUUGUCGUCCACGGAUUAUGACCCCUUCCUGCCUCUGGCAAAUGUGAGGAACUCCGAGCCCGUCCAGUACCAUUCAUCAGCAGACCUGGGGAAUCUGCUGACUGUGGAAGAGGAGAAAAAGAGGAGAAGUGUGGAAUUGAUCCCUCUCACUGCACGAAUGGUGAUGGCUCACCUGGUGAACCACCUAGGCCACUACCCACUGAGUGGGGGCCCUGCUGUGCUGCACAGCCUGGUCAGUGAGAACCAUGAUAAUGCCCACGUGGAAGGAGCUGAGCUGUCCUCGGAGGUGUUCAGGAGCCCAAACCUGCAGCUCUUUGUAUUUAAUGACAGCACCCUCAUCUCCUAUCUUCAGACCCCAGCAGAAGGACCAGCUGGAGGGGCUUCAGGGGGCUCCCUCUCAGAUGUGAGAGUCAUUGUGAGGGACAUCUCAGGGAAGUACUCUUGGGAUGGCAGGGUUUUAUAUGGACCUCUAGAAGGCCACUUGGCACCCAGUGGAAAGAAUCCCUCAUUUCAGAUUUCUAGUUGGCAUCAUCACCCAUGCGGACCUCAGAAAGAUUUGUCUCACAGUGAGGAGGGAGAUGAUAUGCUUGACAAAUUACUUGAAAACAUUGGCCAUACAAGUCCUGAAUGCCUUUUACCUUCACAACUAAAUCUAAAUGAGCCUUCCCCACCCCCGUGUGGAAUGAACUGUGACCAAGAGAAGGAGAUCAUUGAGGUCAUCCUGCGCCAGAACACACAGGAAGAGGAGUAUAUCCAGCGGUGUAACUCUGAUUCUGCCGUGAAGGUCACCAGCCAAGGGCAGCCUUCACCUGUGGAGCCCCGGGGACCCUUUUAUUUCUGCAGAUUGCUGCUUGACGAUUUGGGAAUGAAUUCCUGGGACAGAAGGAAGAAUUUUCAUUUGUUGAAGAAAAAUUCAAAAUUAUUGAGAGAGCUAAAGAAUCUGGACUCGCGUCAGUGCCGCGAGACACAUAAGAUUGCAGUGUUUUACAUUGCUGAGGGGCAAGAAGACAAGUGUUCUAUUCUCGCCAAUGAAAGAGGAAGCCAAGCAUAUGAAGACUUUGUUGCUGGUCUUGGAUGGGAGGUGGAUCUCUCAACCCACUGUGGCUUCAUGGGUGGUCUUCAGCGCAAUGGCAGCACAGGACAGACGGCCCCUUACUAUGCUACCUCAACCGUGGAAGUAAUUUUCCACGUUUCCACUCGAAUGCCAUCAGAUUCAGACGAUUCACACACCAAAAAGCUCCGUCACCUGGGGAAUGACGAGGUCCACAUCGUCUGGUCUGAACACUCCAGGGACUACCGCAGGGGUAUUAUCCCAACAGCCUUUGGAGACGUUUCCAUCAUUAUUUACCCAAUGAAGAAUCAUAUGUUCUUUAUCACGAUAACAAAGAAGCCUGAGGUUCCGUUCUUUGGGCCUCUGUUCGAUGGCGCCAUUGUGAGUGGGAAGCUGCUGCCAAGCCUUAUCUGUGCCACGUGCAUCAAUGCCAGCAGAGCGGUGAAGUGCCUCAUCCCACUCUAUCAGAGCUUCUACGAAGAGCGAGCUCUGUAUCUGGAAGCAAUAAUUCAGAACCACCGGGAAGUCAUGACAUUUGAGGAUUUCGCAGCUCAAGUCUUUUCUCCCUCUCCCAGCUACUCUCUCAGUGGAACGGAUUAAAAUAUGUAAUGGCAUCAUUAUGCUACCUGAGCAAGGGGUCUUGACCUCCAGCUUGAGAAUGGACCCCAAGAAAAUCCUCCAUGUGGAAGAGACAGCAAGCCUCGCCUGAUUUCCCCAGAACCCUCAAUUCCAUACUCCAGGAAACUGCCACUGUGCCGCCACAUGCAACAAGCCUUCCCAUUGUUGAACCCCUGAGGUCAGAGGUGAUCUAGUGUGUGUGGGACCUUCAAACAAGGCCUUGUCCCUCUUGUCCUGGAAUCUCACCAAACCUUGGGCUUCAGGAGAAGAAAAGAAAAAGUUACCACCAAUCAGGAACAAACCUGCUGUCAUGGGCAAUGGAGAAGCCCAGUCUUAAGGCAGAACACAGUAGCAAAAAGGGAUGGGGCCCAUAGGGAAGAUGCAAAAGGCCCUUGUCUGUAUCCCCGAGUUAUUUUCCUUGCAUUUAUAUAGCCACACUUGAUUCCCAAAAGGGCUGACAAAACAAUUGUGUAAUCAUUGAAGGAAUUUCAUCCAUACUGGUUUUGUUAAUCCUUGUGUUAGGAUUUGCAGUUUUCUUAAAAAUUUCAUCAUCAUGGAAACUGGCUGUCCCCAGGUUCUUGUCCCACAGGAAGUUUUACCUCCAUCUCUGAGUCUUUCUUCACCUGGUACCUGAGGCUCCCUGACUAAGACUCUCCUGACAACACAGAGUCCUGCCCAGUCCUGAGUAACAGUCCCACAUAGAGCCAUCAAGAGUGUCUAGAAAUACAGGGCUGUCAACAUGAUAGCACUAAGCAGUGCAUAGCGUCCCUGCUCAGCACAGCCCGGCCCGGCACCACCGCACCAACACACAUAAUUAGUGCUUGCCCCAGCUCCAGGGCUGAGCAACACCCCCACCCUGUGCAGCGCCCCUGAAGGCUCACCUGCAGCCUUCUUCCUGCCUGUUGUUCAGAGACCAGGAUAGGUCUCAGAAACAGUUCUUGUCACAUGAGUGUUAGGGUAACAGAUUCCAAGCAAUUAGAUUUGAUGUCUGUGUGCGUGUAUGCGUAUUAGCCUACCUGACUCCAGGGAAGGAGUACUGUGCCUAUUAGAGGUGGGAGGGUGGGAAGGAGUUAAGUGUGUACCUUGCUGGACAUCUUGGACCUUAGAAUCUGGCAACUAAGGGUGCGUUCACAGGGAAGACCUCUGUCCCAUCACCCCCCCCCCAACACACACACAGCCUCUGCCCUGGCCCUGACAUGUAGACUUCCAGUUGCUUCAUUCCAUGCUCUGCCUCAGAGAGAAACAAAGUACAGCAGAGGCCACCCCUGGCUGCAUGGUUCGGCUACAUGAGGCCAUUUCCCAGUGUGCAUGUCCAGGGUGACUGUCAGUCAGCGCAGGAAAGCAGCUGCAGAAGACAGGUUCAAGAGACUCAGGCGGUCCUCCGUGUGGCUGCCUCUCUCCCUUCCUCUGCUCCCCGUCCUCACAUUACUCCUAGCAUGCUUGUCUGUCGCAUCAGUGCCCAUUCUCCCAGAGGAGCCAGCUUUCACAUCUGCUAAACAGUUGAUUUUUCUGCUGUUGACCUUGGCAGGGAAAGGGGCAGAUCAGAAGCUAGACUCAUUCUUGCAGUGAGUGGGAACUCUGAGAGCACAUUCUAGAAGCACCUUCCAACUGCAGGGAGAGUCUGCCUUCCCGCUCUGGAGGGAGUUCAGCAGCCUUCCAUCCCCAGCCCACAGACAGGACCACCUGGAGAGCUGCUUGAAGAUCCUAGACAGAACAAGACUAUGCAAAGCAAAAGAAAGCCUCUAACCCCUAUGUGCUGUUUUCUAAGGGCCUAGGAUGUUCACGUAAGCUGAAUGGUGCUAGAAGGAAAAUGAGAUGUAAUAACAUUACCCACUGUGUCGGUGAUACUUCGAGUCUUGCCACACCCACUCUGUGUGUGUGUGUGUGUGUGUGUGCACACGUGAAUGCCUGCUUGAGUCUUGGGUUGUUAAUAGCUCUGGUGAGGGACAUAGAAUUGGGGUUGGAGACUCUGGCAACCAUGUUCAGUUGGAUUCAGCAGUUCUUGUUAUUUGGGGUGGAAAAUUGAAAUGAUCAAGUUUGGGGUUGUUUUUUUUGUUUUUUUUUCCAGUCAGAAAGGCAAAUAUUGUGUUUUCAUAAUAAAUGUCUUUUAGCAAAAUUGCUAAGGGUCACUCAUCCGGCCAAGGCCCUCCAGAGAGCCACUCAUCACAUUAGUAUUAGUAGGUCAGCCAUCUGUAAUAAAAGUGUCCCUAAUUACCCCAGAGUGUGACCAGACUCCCUGAGCUCCCAAAGGGCCUGGCCAGCACCCGAACUUUUCUGCAUGCUGAUUUCCGGGUGUCCAUAAUAAGGAAAACUGAUGUUUAUAGUCUUUUUGAUUAGACUUUUAUGCUAUUAAAAAAUAGUAAUCCCACAAAUUACAACUUUUUAAAAAUAGCCAGACUUUCAUCAGGCUGAAGAAAUGUAUCCUGGUGGGUGACGUCGAAAGGGUCUUCUGCAGCCAGGCUUGCAGCUCUGCGAGCCCCAGGGUGGACUCUGACCGCGUUAUGGCUGAUCAGUGGGACCCGUAGCCUUACAAAGGAGAUCACAGCUCCAGAGAGCCAUGCAAACCCUGUCUUCCUGACUGUCCUCAGGUGUCCCUUCCUUCUCCACUGACCCGUGGUGGAGGUGUGAUGAACCCUUUAGACCUCUCUGCGUGUCUUACGUGUAGCUGUGUCACUCCCUGCCUACUGAAGGGGGUGUCACAUUUAAGGGAAGCUCUUCAAGAAGCACCCAGCCUUGUAUCUGCACCUUCUCUCUAUGUAGAUGAUGUAGACAUUAGCCAAGCGUCUCCUUCCUUUCAGGUCACAGUGUCUAGUACGUGUAAAUAGGGGGAAAUGUGAUAGAGACGACUAAGUUAUAGCAUGUCAUUUGAUUGUUUUGAGGUCUCUUGUUAGUUAACUUCCCAGUGCUGCACAUCUAGGUGUUCUGAGGUAGGAGCAGGGGCUCAAACUGCCCCGCCCUGGCAGGAGUGUAUGUGUGCACUAGGACACACUCCACAAAGGCAGCCAAGCUGGGAAUACACUUAGCUCCGUAAUGGUGCCACUCAACUCUAGCUCACCCUUUUUCCUUCUGAUUUACUGUGAUGAUUUCAUGAGUUAGAAACACAGCAUCUAGGCUCUAUGUGUUUCUGACAUUCUCGUAAUUUGUAGGAAAAUAAAAGUUUAUUCCACCAUCUAAUAAAAA